CGAUUUAAAAAAUAAAUAAAAUUGUGAUUGAUACAUGAGAAACAGAUGGUGAAUGUUUUACUGACAUUAAAUGUUUUAUGCCUCUUCUUUCAUUUUUAGUUCACACCCAUAGAGUGAAAGUGAUUGAGACCUUCAGUGAAGCUCCUCCUACAACAAUCCACCAAUAAAUGUUGGAGUCAAACACAAAGAUAAAUCACUCCAUGUGUGACAACUGAAAUCUUCAUGACAUAAUGUUGAUGCUGGUGAAAGAGGAGCUUGAGAAGAUGACAGAUCCACAACCAUGCAGAAUAAAGGAUGAAGAUACUGAGGAACAAAUAGAUAUGAUGGAAGUGAAAGAGGAGAGUCAAGCUGAAGUGGAUGAGAAACAUCAGAUUGUAAAAAUAAACCAUAAUGUUUCACAGAAAGAAACUCUGAAGACAGAAGACAUAAAGUGUGAAAAUAGUUUCAGUGAAGAUGAACGCCCUGAAGAUCACAAGAGGACUCACAGUGAGGAGAAACCUUUCACAUGUCAACAGUGUGGAAAGAGUUUCACUUUUCAAUCGAACCUUAGCCGGCACAAGAAAACUCACAAGGGGGAAAUGUCAUAUGCAUGCCAACAUUGUGAAAAGAGUUUCCCAGAUAAAAGUCAACUUAAGAUGCACAUUAGAGUUCACACUGGAGCAGGGGCGCCGCUAGCAAUUUUGGGCCCUAUGAAAGAAUAGGGGGUCAGGCCCCCACCAUACCCAUUUCGCACCAAACAUACAAUCCAACCUACUGUAGCUAUUCAAAAUCUUUGUAUGUAAUUUAAUAAUACAGAACUAUUUCUUUUGCUAUUGUUAUGACCACAAUUAUCAGUAUUUAUAGACACCUACAAUGUCUGCAGCUAAGAUAAUUUAUUGUCCAAUGUAAAUUUAAUUGAAAAAUACAGUACAUUCAUCGAAUAUUCAGAGAAAAUGCAACGUUCUUAAAGAUUAAAGAUAAAUGUGACCAUGCCUGUGAAAACCCAGCUGAAGUAUUUAUUUGUGAUUUACUGUUUUCCACAUAAAAUCAUCCUGUAUAAUGUAAAGAACAUUUUGUGAAAGUAUAAACUUGAUAUCUGCAAUGUCAUGUCAGCGAUUGAAAUCAUAGUGAAAUUAAUG